AUGACGAAAAGCACAAAAGAAAUUGACGAAAAGUUGAUUUUGAAAGAUCAGCCAUUGCCAUUUACCAAGCUUUUAAGCUAUGCUGAUGCACUGGACUACACACUAAUGGCUCUUGCAUCACUGGGUUCGAUCAUUCACGGCCUUGCCCAGCCCCUUGGUUAUUUGCUACUUGGGAAAGCCAUAGACGCGUUUGGUAACAAUAUACACGAUGAUAUUGGCAUGGUUAAAGCCCUCAAGAAGGUCAUACCGUAUGUAUGGUACAUGGCAUUUGCUACAUUUCCUGCUGGAAUAAUAGAAGUUGGAGGCUGGAUGUAUGCAAGUGAGAGACAAGUUACACGACUGAGACUAGCGUACCUGAAAGCGGUUCUUAAACAAGAGAUUGGUGCUUUCGAUACAGAACUGACAAAUGGAAAGAUCAUCACUGGUAUUAGUAAUCAUAUGAGUGUAAUACAAGACGCUAUUGGCGAGAAGUUGGGUCAUUUUCUAUCAUGCUUUGCAACCUUCUUUACUGGAGUUAUAAUAGCGUUUAUAUCAUGCUGGGAGGUGUCACUGCUCACCUUGUUGGUUGUUCCAAUGAUUCUUAUAAUUGGAGCAACUUAUACAAAGAAAAUGAACUCCAUUUCAGCCACAAAAGCAACGUACCUCGCAGAAGCCACAGUAAUGGUUGAGCAGACAGUUUCUCAGAUUAGAACAGUGUUUGCUUUUGUUGGAGAAAACUCCGCUAUAAAAUCUUUCUCGGAGUGCUUGCAGAGACAGUUAAUUAUAAGCAAGGGAGAAGCACUGAUUAAAGGAGUUGGAACGGGCUUAUUUCAAACAGUAACAUUUUGUUCAUGGGCUCUCAUUGUAUGGAUUGGAGCCCUUGUUGUUGUAGCUAAACGAGCUCAGGGAGGUGAUGUUAUAGCUGCAGUAAUGAGCAUACUCUUUGGAGCCAUAUCAAUCACAUAUGCAGCACCAGAUAUGCAAAUUUUCAAUCAAGCAAGAGCUGCCGGAAAAGAAGUGUUUGAAGUGAUUGACCGGAAAUCUGUUAUCAAUUAUGAUUCAAAAGGGGAAACACUUGCAAAGAUUAACGGAAAUAUUGAGAUUCGUGACGUGCAUUUUGCUUAUCCGUCACGCCAAGAAAAGAUGAUCCUUCAGGGAUUCUCGUUGUUCAUCCCUGCAGGAAAGGUUGUGGCUUUAGUGGGUAGUAGUGGUUGCGGAAAAAGCACCAUCAUCUCUCUCCUGCCAAGGUUCUAUGAUCCAGAAAAAGGUGAGGUGCUCAUUGACAACCACAAUGUUAAGGAUCUUGAUAUAAAGUUUCUAAGGAAAAACAUAGGAUCGGUUUCGCAGGAACCAGCACUCUUUGCUGGCACAAUCAAGGACAACAUGAAGGUAGGAAACAAAGAUGCAGAAGAUGAGCAGAUCCAAAUAGCAUCAGCUAUGGCAAAUGCACACACUUUCAUAUCCCAACUCCCAGAUCAAUACUUAACAGAUGUAGGACAAAGGGGGUUACAGUUAUCAGGCGGGCAGAAACAAAGAAUUGCUAUUGCAAGAGCCAUAUUGAAAAACCCUCCAAUACUUUUGCUUGAUGAAGCAACAAGUGCACUUGAUUCAGAAUCUGAAAAACUGGUUCAAGAUGCACUUGAGAGUGCAAUGAACGGGAGAACAGUCAUUUUAAUUGCACACAGGAUGUCGACGAUUGUUAAUGCAGACAUGAUUGUUGUUGUACAAAAUGGUCAAGUCACAGAAACAGGAACACACAAUAAUUUGUUACAAACAAGCAACUUUUAUAACAACUUAUUUAGCAUGCAGAAUAUCAGUACAGAAGCUGAACCGAGCAACGUAGAUCCCAUUAAAGAAAUGGAGAGAAAAAAUCAACAGGUUUCUGACCAAGCGGAGAAACAUGAUACACCUAUAGAAACUAACGAAAUCACCAAAGAUACUUCCAAGAAAGCUCAACAGGAUGAAACUUUGAGAAAAGAUAUAUUUUUCAGAAUCUGGUUUGGUUUAACCAACAAAGAGUUUGUAAAGCUUGGAGUGGGCUCGUCUGCUGCUGCAUUUUCUGGCAUCUCUAAGCCUGUUUUUGGAUUCUUCAUUAUAACAAUUGGAGUUGCAUAUUAUGAAAAUAAUGCUAAAGAGAAAGUCGGAUGGUAUGCAUUAUUGUUUUCUGGAAUCGGUCUGCUUUCACUCUUCAGCAACACUUUGCAGCAUUACUUUUAUGGAGUAAUUGGAGAGAAGGCAAUGACAAAUCUUCGACACGCUUUGUAUUCAGUGGUACUCCGCAACGAAUUAGCAUGGUUCGACAGGCCCGAGAAUAGUGUGGGUUCCCUAACCUCACGAAUCAUAAAUGAAACAUCCACGGUCAAGACCAUAAUAUCUGACCGUAUGGCGGUCAUUGUACAAUGUGUUUCCUCGAUAUUAAUAGCAACCGUGGUUAGCAUGAGGGUUAACUGGAGAAUGGGCCUGGUAGCAUGGGCAGUGAUGCCAUGUCAUUUCAUUGGUGGUCUGAUUCAAGCAAAAUCCGCCAAAGGAUUUUCAGGUGACACGGCUGCAGCCCAUUCAGAAGUUGUUGCACUUGCUUCAGAGUCAGCAACGAAUAUACGGACCGUUGCUUCGUUUUGUCAUGAAGAACACAUCCUACAAAGAGCUAAACUGUCUCUUGAUAAACCUCUGAAAAUUAGCAGAAAACAAAGUUUAUGGUAUGGAUUCAUUCAAGGUGUGUCUCUUUGUUUAUGGAACAUUGCUCAUGCGGUUGCUUUAUGGUACUCAACAGUUUUGGUUGAAAGACACCAAGCUAGUUUCAAGGAUGGGAUUCGAUCAUACCAGAUAUUCUCCCUUACAGUACCUUCCAUCACCGAGCUAUGGACUCUCAUCCCGACCGUAAUCUCAGCUGUCAAUGUAUUAACUCCUGUAUUUCAAGCCUUAGACCGAAAUACUGAGAUUGAACCGGAUGAACCGGAGAACCCACCUUCUAAAAAGAUAAUAGGGGGCAUCGAGUUUAAAAAUAUCGAUUUUAGUUAUCCAUUAAGGCCAGAAAUGAAGAUACUCGAUAACUUUAGCUUACAUGUUGAACCCGGAUCAAAGGUGGCUCUAGUUGGACCAAGUGGAGCUGGAAAGUCGUCUGUUCUAUCCCUUCUAUUAAGAUUUUACGUUCCAUCUCAAGGAAUGAUAUUAGUAGAUGGAAGAGAUAUAACACAAUACAAUUUGAGAAAUUUAAGGAAACAGAUUGGGUUGGUGCAACAAGAACCUUUGCUAUUUAGUUGCUCCAUUCGGGACAACAUAUGUUAUGGAACAGAAACAGCUUCUGAAAGUGAGAUCAUCGAGGUUUCAAAAGAGGCGAGCAUUCAUGAAUUUGUAAGCAAUUUGCCAGAUGGGUAUGACACAGUGGUUGGAGAGAAAGGAUGCCAGCUUUCUGGAGGCCAAAAACAAAGGAUUGCAAUUGCAAGGACACUGUUAAAGAAGCCUGCAAUUAUGCUUCUUGAUGAAGCAACAAGUGCUCUUGACGCAGAGUCAGAAAGAGCGGUUGUGACUGCAAUGGAAUCAAUAAACAGGAAUGGAAUUGGUGGGGUUCAAUCUACACAGAUCACAGUUGCACACAGGCUUUCGACUGUUAUACAUUCAGAUACCAUUGUGGUUAUGGAAAAUGGUAAAGUGGUAGAAAUGGGUAAACACUCGGAUUUGGUAGCAGAAUCUGAAGGCGUUUAUUCUAGAUUCUACAGGAUACAAAGCAUGAAGUAGAAGUUGAAAAUAUAGAGAGAACAAGUAGUUUACUUAUUGUCAUUUUAGUAUGUUAUCUUCAAGCAAGUGUUGUACUUUAAA